UUUAAGCCAAUAUACUAGAGACAUACUAGCGACUAGCUAAUACAUAUUAACUUGUUGUGCCAGCGUUUUGUGUGUGUGCCAGCCAGCUUGCCAGCUUCUGAGUGCAUUUUCAUUAAAGUCAACAAGUUGCAGCCGCAUAAGGUCAAAUAAAAGCAGCCAGAGCCAAAAUGAUGGCGACGUCACAGGAUUAUUUCGGCAAUCCGUACGCCCUCUUCCGAGGUCCGCCCACAACUUUGAGGCCGCGCGAGUCGCCGCUGGGCGUGGGCCACCCCCACGGUCAUGGGCACAUCCACAGCCACGCCCAUGCCCACGGCCACGGUCACGCCCAUUCGCAUUAUGCGGCCUUGGACUUGCAGACGCCGCACAAGCGGAAUAUCGAAACGGAUGUGCGGGCACCGCCGCCGCCAUUGCCGCCGCCACCGCUUCCGCUUCCGGCCGCAUCCCCUAGGUACAACACUGACCAAGGAGCGAUGGACCAGCAAUUCUGCUUGCGCUGGAACAAUCAUCCCACAAAUCUGACCGGCGUGCUGACCUCACUGCUGCAGCGGGAGGCGCUAUGCGAUGUCACGCUCGCCUGCGAGGGCGAAACAGUCAAGGCUCACCAAACCAUUCUGUCAGCCUGCAGUCCGUACUUCGAGACGAUUUUCCUACAGAACCAGCAUCCACAUCCCAUCAUCUACUUGAAAGAUGUCAGAUACUCAGAGAUGCGCUCUCUGCUCGACUUCAUGUACAAGGGCGAGGUCAACGUGGGCCAGAGUUCGCUGCCCAUGUUUCUCAAAACGGCCGAGAGCCUGCAGGUGCGUGGUCUCACAGAUAACAACAAUCUGAAUUACCGCUCCGACUGCGACAAGCUGCGCGAUUCGGCGGCCAGCUCGCCGACCGGCCGUGGUCCGAGCAACUACACCGGCGGCCUGGGCGGCUCGGGGGGCGUGGCCGAUGCGAUGCGCGAAUCCCGCGACUCCCUGCGCUCCCGCUGCGAACGGGAUCUGCGCGACGAGAUGACGCAGCGCAGCAGCAGCAGCAUGAGCGAACGCAGCUCGGCGGCAGCAGCGGCGGCGGCAGCAGCAGCAGCGGUGGCCGCAGCCGGAGGCAAUGUAAACGCGGCCGCAGUCGCUUUGGGCCUGACCACGCCCACCGGCGGCGAACGAUCUCCGAGCGUGGGCAGCGCCAGUGCAGCGGCUGCGGCAGCGGCGGUAGCAGCGGCAGUUGCAGCGGCCGCCAAUCGAAGUGCCAGCGCCGAUGGAUGCAGCGAUCGCGGCAGCGAGCGUGGCACUCUUGAGCGGACGGACAGUCGCGAUGAUCUGUUGCAGCUGGAUUAUAGCAACAAGGAUAACAACAACAGCAACAGCAGUAGUACCGGCAACAACAACAAUAAUAAUAACAACAACAACAGCAGCAGCAACAACAACAAUAGGGAGCGCAACAACAGCAGAGAGCGGGAGCGGGAAAGAGAGCGUGAGCGUGAGCGGGACAGGGACAGGGAGCUGUCCACCACGCCGGUGGAUCAGCUGAGUAGUAGUAAGCGCAGACGUAAGAACUCAUCAUCCAACUGUGAUAACUCGCUGUCCUCGAGCCACCAGGACAGGCACUACCCGCAGGACUCUCAGGCCAACUUCAAGUCGAGUCCCGUGCCCAAAACGGGCGGCAGCACUUCGGAGUCGGAGGACGCAGGCGGUCGCCACGACUCGCCGCUUUCGAUGACCACCAGCGUCCACCUGGGCGGCGGUGGGGGCAAUGUGGGCGCGGCCAGUGCCCUGAGCGGUCUCGGCCAGUCGCUGAGCAUCAAGCAGGAGCUGAUGGACGCCCAGCAUCAACAGCAGCAUCGUGAACACCACGUGGCCCUGCCGCCCGAUUACUUGCCGAGCGCUGCGCUGAAGAUGCACGCCGAGGACAUGUCGACUCUGCUGACGCAGCAUGCUUUGCAAGCAGCAGAUGCGCGGGAGGAUCACAACGAUAGCAAACAGCUGCAGCUUGAUCAGACGGACAACAUCGACGGUCGCGUCAAGUGUUUUAACAGUAAGCACGAUCGUCAUCCGGAUCGGGAACAGGAUCGAGUUCAUCGGGAGCACGAUGAGCAAGGCGAAGUUGUUGAUGAGGUCGUUGUGGAUCGGGAUCGCGAUCGCGACAUGGAUGCGGAGGAGGAUCACGAGCCGGAGGACAUUGAGGAGGCAGCCAUGCCAUAUCAUAACGCACCCCCCAAAUACAGAAGGGCGGUGGUCUAUGCUCCGCCGCAUCCCGACGAGGAGGCGGCCUCUGGCUCGGGCUCGGAUAUCUAUGUGGAUGGAGGCUACAAUUGCGAAUACAAGUGCAAGGAGCUGAAUAUGCGGGCUAUACGAUGCAGCCGCCAGCAGCAUUUGAUGUCCCACUAUCCGCCGCACCACCCGCAUCAUCGCUCCCUCAUGGAUUGCCCCGCUGAGGCGGCCUACUCACCUCCGGUGGUCAAUAGCCAGCAGGCCUACCUGGGCAGCAAUGGAUCGCAGUUGGAUUUGAGCAGCUAUCAUGGAGGCCACCAUCAUCAUCAGCACCACCAUCAUCAUCCGCAUCCGCCUCCCUUGCCAGCACCACCGCCACCCAGUCACUCGCAAAGCUCGCCGCACUAUCCAACCGCCUCGGGAUCAUCGGGAUCGGUAUCGGUUUCAAUAACAGGAUCUGGAUCGGGAUCAGGAUCGGCGGCAGGAUCAGCCAUCUCGGCACCAGCUUCGGUGGCCACCUCGGCGGUUUCCCCGCAGCCCAGCUCCAGUUCCACUGGAUCCACCACCACUUCCUCCUCGGCGGCGGCAGUGGCUGCGGCAGCUGCGGCGGCGGCCAAUCGGCGGGAUCACAACAUCGACUACUCCACCCUGUUCGUCCAGCUGUCGGGCACCCUGCCCACUUUAUAUAGAUGCGUGAGCUGCAACAAGAUCGUCUCGAAUCGCUGGCACCACGCCAAUAUCCAUCGACCUCAGAGCCACGAGUGUCCUGUUUGCGGGCAGAAAUUCACGCGAAGGGACAAUAUGAAGGCCCACUGUAAGAUCAAGCAUGCGGACAUCAAGGAUCGAUUCUUUAGCCACUAUGUACAUAUGUGAUCACUUCUCUAGGCAGGCAGCAAAACAAAUCAAAUCAAAGGAGAUCAGUUACAGUAACAGAUCGAAAGGUUUUCACACAACUAGCGUGUUUUAGGUAACCAAGAAUCAAGCAAACGUAUACGUAAUCUAGAGUGAGGAGAAGCCAACAGCCAUCAGUUGGGUGUACAUCUACAUAUAUAUCUAUUUAAAAACCUUAUAAAUCAAAAGAAAAUAGAAAAACAAAAACAAAAACCUAUGCUACACGUAGUUGAUUUCAAAGACUUUAAACCAUUUACUUAUUGUUAAAUCGUCUAAACCUCUAGAUGCUUUUUUGUAGGACACUAGCGAACCAAAUGGAUUAUUAUAUCGAUAUUUAGAAAUACCGCGACCAGUACUCAGUGGAGGGAAACUUUGACAAGUAUUAUAUGUAGAAUUCCAAUCGAUUUCCGCGUCAGUUAUUAUUAUUAUUUUAUUUACUUACUUAACAUGUGCUGUAGUGAAUGUUGACUAAUUUUUGUUCGUGUCAUUUUGUGCCAUAUUAGCUAAUCUCUCUUCUAGUCCAUAGGCCCUAAGGUCGCAAAAAGAUAAUUAAAUACAAGCGUAAAAUAAUAGAGAAAAUUGCGAGAAAGCAACGAGUGAGGCAACAACCAAAGU